AUGCUCCACUCUCCCACACGCAGACCUAGUCCUCUACUUACGUCUCGACCGCAAGUAGUUCCGCCCCUCGACGUAAAAAACUUCACAUCCCUUGCCACCAUAGGGAGAGAGAGAGAGAGAAGUGGAGUACCGAGUCGAUCAGCUCGCUUGCUCGGCCAUUGGCGGCGCUUCAGCUCGAAUCCUUUGGGCCUGGGUCGUCCAACUGAGCCUGGAAACAGAAAACGCCCUCAUGUCGCCCCUUGA